CAUGUGACCGCCUCUUCUAUUCAUACCAUAAAAUUAAUUUCUAAAUCAAAAUUAGCAAACCAGCAUGGAAUUAGUAUUUCUCAUCUCUUGUAUUAUUCCUUCUCUAGCAUUUCUUGUUUUUGCAUUCAAAUUUCUAUUCAGCCAUGACAGCAGAUUCAAGAAUCUGCCACCCGGUAGCAUGGGAUGGCCAGUCAUCGGAGAAACCCUGGAAUUCCUGUUUGGCAAGCCGGAAAAUUUUGUGCUCAAAAGAAUGAAAAAAUACUCACCGGAAAUCUUCAAAACCAACAUUCUUGGAGAGAAAACUGUGGUCAUUUGUGGCCCUAAUGGUAACAAAUUUCUCUUCUCCAAUGAGCAAAAACUCUUCACCGUAUUCCGUCCUCAUUCCAUGCAAAAACUCUUCCGUUCUUCCUACCAAACCAAAGCUCCUCCGAAAGAAUCCGAUCUCAAAACGCUCCGAUCCUCGCCGGCGUUUCUUAAACCCGAAGCGUUGGCUAGAUAUCUAGCGAAAAUGGACUCCAUCACACAACAACAAAUGAAAAAAGACUGGGAAGGGAAACAUUCCGCCCAAGUUUUUCCUUUCUCCAAGACCUUGACAUUGAUGCUGGCAUGUAGGUUUUUCUUGGGGACCGAAGACCCCGACCGGAUCGCGAGACUUGUCGAUCAUUUCGACGAUAUUACGAUAGGGUUGCAUUCGAUUACGGUGAAUGUUCCGGGAACUAUAUUCUACAGAGCGAAGCAAGCAGUGAAGGCGAUACGUAAGGAGUUGAUUGAAGUUGUUAAGGAGAAAAAAGAUGCGAUCGCUUCAGGUGCUCCGAUGCAAGAUAUUCUGUCGCAUAUGAUUGUUGCGACUGAUUCUUCCGGUAGUUUUAUGCCGGAGAUUGAGAUUGCCGACAAGAUGAUGGGUUUGUUGACUGCUGGAUAUAGCACUGUGGCUACCUCGAUUACUUUUUUCAUGAAAUAUGUGGGUGAGAGACCUGAUAUUUACAGCAAGAUUCUUCAAGAGCAAAAAGAGAUAGCUUCAGGGAAGAAGGAAGGGGAAAUGUUGCAAUGGGAAGACAUACAAAAAAUGAAAUACUCUUGGAAUGUUGUGAAUGAAGUGAUGAGACUCACUCCUCCUCUUCAAGGCACUUUUAGGGAAGCCAUUACUGAUAUUACUUAUGCUGGCUUUACCAUUCCCAAGGGCUGGAAGAUAUAUUGGACUGUAAGUACAACAAACAAGAACCCGGAAUAUUUCCCAAACCCUGAAGAAUUUAAUCCAUCAAGAUAUGACGAUGACAAAGCAAUUCCACCCUAUGUAUUUGUGCCAUUUGGAGGUGGGCCCAGGAUGUGCCCUGGAAAAGAGUAUGCUCGAUUUGCUAUUCUCACUUUCGUCUUCCACGUCAUCAACAAAUUCAAGUGGGAAUUGGAAAUCCCUAAUGAAAAGAUUAUUGGUGACAUGAUGCCUACUCCUCAAAUGGGUCUUCCAAUUCGCCUUCAACCACUCGACUCUUAAAAGUCCCUCGGUUAAUUGUUUUUAGAAGUCACUAAAUUUAUAAGAUGUUUCUUUUUACUUGUGAAACUUUACUUUUUUUUAUUUUGAUAAUUGAACUGUAAUUUUGUUUCAAUAAAAAGGUUUUUUUUUUGUUUCUAAA